GGCGGUUCAUUUCCACUACAGCUGGCAAUUAAACAUUUGAAUCCUCAAUGUGUGACAGCAGAAGUGAAAUCUGUGGAUAAAAUGACAGUCCUCGACACUGUCCACCGCUGGAGUCCAGAAUUUGUCAAAGUUUGCCUUUCAACAUAUGAAGACAAUAUUUGCAUAUCGGCUGCCCUGAUCAUCUCGUCUGCUCUGAUAUUACUGGUGUCGUGUUCACUCUGCAGCACGAGAGGUGGGCAUCAGGGCGAAGAGGCGGCGGGCACGGUGUAUUGUUUCGUGGGUAACUUGUGCAGCGCAGUUGGCGCUUUCCUUUCCAACCAGUUUAAUUUUCAGAUUUUUAUGGCCUCAUAUGUGGCAAUUUUGGAUGUCGUCCAGUUCCUGACAAUUACUUUCUCCAUGUAUUUAUGGUCUCAGUCAAAAACGGGAAAGAGAAUGAGAAUGAUUACCAGGAGGAGGAGACAGAACUUUCUUGCGGUGUCUCUCUUGUUUGUAAUGGGGGGCAGUUUUUACCUGCGUUCAGCUGUCCCCUUGAGUCCCACAGGAAUAUCUCCAACCAGGAGACGACUACUCGGUGUCUUCCUUAAUGACCAUAUAGAGAACCUCGGUUAUGUGCUGGGUCUGCUGUCUUUCACGAUCAACUGGACGGCUAAGUUUCCAUUCUUUCUGAAAGCAAACAGAGGAGAGCAUAGUUCAGUUGCACAGGUGUCUUCUCGAGUUCUGUGUUGUCUUGCUGGAACACUUUAUGGAUCUGCAAUACUUCUCUAUGACGUGCAGCCGAGAGCGAUCAUCAAAGCAAUGCCCUGGAUACUCUCGGCAAUCUGCUGUGCUGUCCUUGAUUUAGCUAUUGUAGUUCUGGUCUGUUACAGAUCCAGCCAUAAGCGUCCCUCUGUACGGUCUUUAGACUCGGAUACGGAGUCUUUACUCGGAAACUCUUCAGCCGCGGGUCAGAUGUGUGACAAUACUGUUAAUCGCUGCAUAAAGGAGCACCGUCUUCCCUCGACGAAAUGCAUCUCUCCCAGGGGCACUGACAUGGGACUCUACAUGGAUGUCAACAUACAGCCAAUGAGGAAGGUGUGUUUGAAGGAAGUGACGAUCUCACGGGACGGCCCAUCAGAGACUCUUCCUAUGAAGAGGACAGUCAGGGUGGUGCGUGUGGAUGAGCAGUGCUCCUCUGGCAGUUUAACGGAUUCUUCUUCAAUUGGCUCUGAACUAGAGUGGGACUUUGAAGCAACGAAAGCGCAGUGGAUUCCAGCCGCUGAAGAUCUGCAGACAGUGCAGUCGGUUCCUCUCCAGGAUUGGCGAGUGAGUUCGGGUUCAAAGUCAACCAGCAGCCCCGGCUCUCUCAUCUGCCUCUGCAACCGCGCACAGCUAGCUGAGAAGUUGCCGUUGAAAUAAUCACACAACUAAACUAUGUACAAGUCAAAUGGCCAUGUAGUAAUUGUGUAGAUUUUGUCUGUUCAGUUGGAGGUUAAUAAAGUAACUGUGCAAUUCAUGUUCAUCUUCUUAGAUAAUGGCAUAAUUUGCAUCACAAACAAGCUUUUUAUGGAGCUCCUAUUACCAGACAUGUUAUUUACCUUUUUUUUUUAUAUGCCACUGUUCACUAGCCUAGCACAGGAGGUGAUGUCAUGCCAAGUCUCAGAGAGCUGAUACUUCAGAAAGCUGAUCUCAUGAUAGAUCUUUCCUCGGGCUGACUAAAGGUUCUCAGCCCUUUCCCUGUCAUUCACACAGAGCGCUUUUUCCAUUGUUGUCCCCUUCCAUCUCCAGAGCCACAGGACUGAUUAAUGGGAUGGCUCUGAAAACCUUAUCGGCCCUGUUGUUUGCAUAGACGAUACAGAACAUUGAUGAAUGAUGGGAGGUGUCACAUUGACUGCCCUAAUAAAAACAAUAUCACCCUUUCACAGGCUCGCCAGGUCAGGAGGUAAUUUCCUCAAUUUCUGCCAGUUUAUUUGAGCUGGACUGGAAAAGGCCCAGCAGUGUGAGAUGAGGCGCAGACAAGACGGCAUGUGUUCUCUUUGAAUCAGAUACAAAGAGCACAAGUCUGUAGACUAGUGAGGACAGUCUUGUUGGAUAUUCCAGAGACCUCCUCAAGAGUCUGAUAGCUGGACAAUGUGUCGAGUAAAUUAUUUCAAGCGCAUAAGGGCAUUUCUUGUCCUGGUGGCUUUGUGUCGGGCAUAUGGCCCACAUGGAUCCUAUGGCCACAGAAAGAUUUCUGCAUGUCCAUGUCCAUGUCAUAUUUCACACCAAAAUAUAAAAGUUAUAUACUGUUAAAUAUAUAUUGUUUAUUCUUUAUUAUAUAAUGAAUUAUAUUUGAGCUUGUGUACGACCAUAAAGAUUUUUGCAUUGUGACAUUACACUCA